AUGAAGUUGUUAUCACCUAAGUAUCCAACUAAAAUUGGGACUUGGAAUGUACGAACACUGUAUCAAAGUGGAAAGAGCUUGCAGACAGCCAAAGAAAUGGACAGAUACAGUAUUGAAAUUUUAGGACUCAGUGAAGUAAGAUGGAAUACAUCUGGCAUGACAACGUUAAACACUGGUCAUACCAUCAUCCACUCUGGUAACAAAAACGCCACUGACACUCAUGACAAAGGUGUUGGAUGUAUGCUUACUAAAAAGGCAAAGCAGUCUCUCUUAGAAUGGAAUCAUGUGUCUUCUAGAAUAAUCACUGCCAGGUUUGACACAAAAUUUCAGAAAACAACCAUAAUCCAGGUUUACUCACCAACAAAUAAUGCAGACGAAGAAGAGAAAGAUGACUUUUACAACUCUCUGCAGACCACUGCAAAUUCUGUGCCUAAACGAGACAUCCUCAUGCUACUAGGAGACCUCAAUGCAAAAGUGGGUAAGGACAGGAAAGGAGAGAUAGAGAAAUGGGACCAAAUGGAAUCGGUGAAAUGA